CCUACUGCUCCCUCACCACGGAGUUGCGCAAAACCAAAUCCGCAGAUUUUGUCGAUUGCUUCUGCCUGGGAAGACCCGCCUACAUCGACUGCUUCUGUCUGGCCCAACCCCGGGCGCGGGAAAAGAGUUUGAAUCCUACCAGGUGGCCGCAAGGACCUCCUCAACCUUCAAAAUCCUGACCAGCCUCAGACACCGCCACCUCCUCCUCCUUCUACAUCCCUGACUCCCCGAGGUCUCCAGAACAACGAGAGUGGAAGCAGAGGAGCUCCAGCCGCCGCCAUGUCCGAGGCUUAUUUCCGGGUGGAGUCGGGUGCGCUGGGGCCUGAGGAGAACUUUCUUUCCCUGGACGAUAUCCUGAUGUCCCACGAAAAACUCCCGGUGCGCACUGAGAUCCCCAUGCCGCGCCUCGGCACUUUCUUCCUGGACCGGAGCGGAGGGGCCGAGACUGACAACGCGAUCCCUCAGGGCUCCAAGCUUGAGCUCCCUCUGUGGCUAGCAAAAGGACUUUUCGACAACAAGCGGCGGAUCCUUUCGGUGGAACUUCCCAAGAUCUACCAGGAGGGUUGGAGGACGGUGUUCGGUGCAGAUGCCAACGUGGUGGACCUCCACAAAAUGGGGCCUCACUUCUAUGGGUUCGGCUCCCAGCUCCUGCAUUUUGACAGCCCAGAGAAUGCAGACAUCUCCCAGGCUCUCCUGCAGAUGUUUAUUGGCCGCUUCCGCCGCAUCAUGGACUCCGCCCAGAACGCUUACAAUGAAGACACUUCGGCACUGGUAGCCAGGCUGGACGAAAUGGAGAGAGGCUUGUUUCAAACAGGGCAGAAAGGACUGAAUGACUUUCAGUGCUGGGAGAAGGGCCAGGCAUCUCAGAUCACAGCUUCCAACCUUGUUCAGAACUACAAGAAGAGAAAACUCCCUGACAUGGAAGACUGAAGGCCGGAAGAACACAGAACUGCUCCCUGUAGACUUCUUCCUCUGUGUGUCUUUGAUGGAAGCCCAGCUCGCCUUGUAAAGGGCCAGCAUCACGUCCCAUCCUGCGGCUUCUCUCCUGCAGGAGUGUUGGGAGGGGUACCAUUGGGUGGGGAAAGGAUAUGCUGCGGGUGUCCCACCUGUUGACCCCCAGCCCAGGCCUGCGUGACCCAGGGGCCCACGGCCAGGGAGAAGUCCAAGCCCUUCACAAAUAAGGAUCAUCAAUACCUACGUUGCAAUAGAGUUGGAAGUGGGAUUCCUCUCGGGAGUGGGGACGGCCUUAGAUGUCCAGUUCCACCAGCUCCAAAGCACAGGUGGAAAUGGGCCUUCCUCGGCUGCUCACAGAAUGUUCUCUUGACCUUCCAUGCCUCAUCUUCCUCAUGGUCCCACAAAGGACAGCCCCCCCAGGAUGCUGGGCCUACCUGUAAAUAUCCCCUUCCACCUGCCUGUGGGGAGUUACCCCAAUUUCUAAAAACUGUCGCCAGGAAUUAGGAAGGCAAAGGGAAAGGCUGAUGAGUGGCAUGGUUUUUACUAAAGAGAAGACGUUGCUUUCCUCUUCUGUAGUGACGGGAAAGGGUUAACCUGAGCUUGCUUUGCCUCUGAGAUCUUUAGAGCAGUGGCACUGUUCUGCCAUUCCCUCCUCGGCAAAGCUGUCAGGGAGUCGUUUGGAAUUGCAAAGUAGUUAUUAAAGGGUGGUAACCAGCCUGCGUGACAUUGAAAUCAGGGCUUCAGGGUUGCCUAAUGAAGAGGGCUGUUUGAGAAGCUCAGCAGCGUGGCUGUCGUGAGCGUUGUUUUUCUCGUCAAUAAAUUUCGCAAUGUUAUGACAGAGAAGAUUCCUGACCAGUUACUAAGAAUCCAUUUAAGCAACCACAAAACCCUUCCCCUGGCGAUCAAGGAGGAAACCUCAGGCAGAGUCGGGAACAGCUUUCCUGGGACCCCCUGGGCCUUUCAAGGGGCUCCCCUUCCAACUUCCCACCACUGCCUGUGUCGUUGGAAAUUAGGGUUGGGGUUUCAGUCUCCAAAUUGUGCCAAUGUUGUGAGGCAGACUUAGAAUGUCAGAAAUGUUUUUUAAAUGCCUGUUUUAAGAUGGAACUGAGGUUUUUAUAAUUUGAUUUUGGUGCUAAAUAAAUGAUCCACUUUGCCCCUGCA